AUGGAGACCUUGAAGGAAAUAGUUCGCGAUGCGCCAUUCGGUCAACUUGUUCGUUACGCAACACGCAACCGCAUCUUCAAAUACCCUGAAGAGUUACCCGGUUUCCAAAUCCCAGCUGCCUACACCGAGAAGAGCACCGGAACCUCGACCUCACUAAACCAAUCGCACGCCAACAAUUCCGCAACCGCCAUCAGGCAGCCUAGCCCAGACGACGACGUCACCUCUUCCCUCCCAGCCGACCUCGAAAAGCUCCCCUCUCGAACAGCCGAAUUAGAGAAACCUCAAACCCACAAUUCGACCUCAACAACCCACGACGCAGACGCUGAAAUCGGUCUUCCAGCAACAACCCUUCCUUCCCACACCCUCCCCUUCAGCGUAGAGCGCCUCGAAGCCGAACGUCUAGAAGCCACACUCGCACUCCAUGGUACACGAUCAGCUUCUCAAGCUAUCGCCCCCACAAAAACAGCAGAUGGUCUCAUACUAGCGGAAUGGUACACCACUACCGACUCUGCCAAUCCUCAGAAUUGGUCUCGAGGAAAGAAGGCAUGGUCGGCUUUCUUGAUCUGCUUGUAUACGUUUAUCGUGUCUCAAUGGGAGCUCUUAUGGAUGGCCGCUCCAGUGUUCCUCCUAUUUUUCUUCUUCCUGCCAGAAACGCAGCCUACUACCAUUCUGCUGCAUCGCUCUGCACGCCUUCGCGCAUUGACUGGCAACGCGAACAUCCGCACGCAAACUGAAAUCGACCGCAAAGGUACCAAGUUCUCUGCCACACUCUUCGAUGCCAUCAUAAAACCGUUGGAGAUCUGUGUCAAGGACCCCGCUCUCCUUUUCAUCAACGUGUACUCUGCGUUAACCUAUGGGAUCUACUACUCCUUCUUCGAGGUAUUUCCUUUGGUGUACUUGGAGAUAUAUGGGUUCAGUGUUGGCGAGAUGGCGAUAGUAUUUUUGUCAAUCAUUGUGGGGUGUCUCAUCUCUAUUACGAUAUACUUUUCGUACCUAAGGUUCUACCUCAUCCCGGAUAUCUUGAAGAGGGGGUUGAGACCGCAGGAACAUAGACUUGUGCCAGCGAUCUUCGCGAGUUUUGGGGUGCCGAUAGGAUUGUUCCUUUUUGGUUGGACGGCUCGUCAUUCUGUGCACUGGAUCGCUUCCGCUAUUGGUAUCACUAUAUACUCGACUACUGUUUUCAUCAUUUUCCAAGCUGUCUUUUCAUACGUCCCAAUGUCCUACCCACAAUAUGCCGCAUCCCUCUUCGCAGGUAAUGACUUUUGUCGUUCUGCCUUCGCUUUCGGAUCCGUGCUCUUCUCCCGCCCAAUGUACCUCAAGUUGGGUGUAGGAAAGGGUGUCAGUCUUUUGGGUGGGUUGAGUGUGAUGGGUAUCAUUGGAAUGUAUCUAAUCUGGGUAUACGGUGCGAGGCUGAGAGCGAGGUCGAAGUUUGCUGUUUGA